GUACAUAUAUAUUUGCGCAUGCGCACGUGCAAAGAUGCGCGCUUGGCCCCUUCCGCCCUUUUUGCCAAACUUUUUAAAAGGAACACUACUGUUUUAAAAUUUUUUAGUGGAACGCAUUCCCUGCGCUCAUCACCUGGCUGCAUUGCAGAAAUGGUAUGUUUAUUUUCGCUGCUGCUUUUCACCCUACUGAGAAAUAACAAAACGCAUGCAAAAAGGAAUACACACAGGUUGAGCGCGGCGCCGUUCAUACAGUUCCCGGGCGGAGGAGUUCCCCAAGGGAAGGCAAGGCACAACUGGGCAGGCAGGGGAAGCGAUGGGGAUGAACAGGAAGGUGUCGAACCGGGGGAGGAGAGCGCAUCAGAGGGCGCGGCAGAUGGGGUAUCCCGAAGUCACCCCCCUGCGAAGGGAAUGAAAAUUGUUAAGAAUGGCGAGUUGUGCAUGGAUCCUGCCACAGGCGUGGGUGGUUUCCUCGUAGGGGAGGGAACCCGUUUAGAAGACCCCCCCCCCAAAGGAAAACAAAUCCACAAAAGCAGCAGAGGAGGAAGCGGCAUAAUCAGCAGAAGAAGCGGCAUAAUCAGCAGCAGUAGCAGCAGGAGGUACAGGAGAAGGGAGGGGCUCCUUCCCCGAGUGGACCACAUCAAAGAUAUGAAGAAGGACGUGAAGUUAUUCUUUUUCAAAAAAAGAAUAAUCUACCUGACGGAGGAAAUAAAUAAAAAAACGGCCGACGAGAUGAUCAGCCAGUUGCUCUACUUAGAUAACAUCAACCAUGAUGAUAUCAAAAUUUAUAUAAAUUCCCCAGGGGGGUCCAUAAAUGAGGGACUAGCCAUUCUGGACAUCUUCAAUUACAUCAAGUCAGACAUACAGACAAUAUCUUUUGGCCUAGUAGCAUCUAUGGCAUCUGUAAUUUUAGCUAGUGGCAAAAAGGGAAAGAGGAAGUCUCUCCCCAACUGUAGAAUCAUGAUCCAUCAACCUUUAGGCAAUGCAUUUGGUCACCCACAGGAUAUAGAGAUACAGACCAAAGAGAUACUUUACUUGAAGAAGCUUUUGUAUAAUUACUUGUCUACUUUUACGAACCAAACAACUGAGACUAUUGAGAAAGACUCAGACAGGGAUUACUACAUGAAUGCGCUGGAGGCGAAGAGGUACGGAAUUAUUGAUGAGGUGAUUCAGACGAAGCUGCCGCACCCAUAUUUUGACGAGGCUGUGAGGGAAUCAAGCAGUGGGGCACCUUCCGUGUAA